GCCCUACACACAAAUAGGGUCCCAGGCUUUCAAGAGUUCCUUGAGAAGCUAAAUCCAUAUCACUCUAAAGUGCAUUUCCUACCUCAAUUCUGGAGGGCAGCAUUUAUCUGUUCACUUCCAAUGUACAAUAUAUAUGCAGCAGGCAAAGGAAGCUGCACUGGGAAAGAGGAUCUGGGGAGUCUCCCUGGAACUGCCUUUGAAAUGGAGAUGUCUGGCCAGAGCUACAGUAUUUACAAUGCUGUCUAUGCUGUAGCACAUGGUCUCCAUGCUAUGUAUUCAUCCAGAGCCAGGCAGAAGACAAGAGGCAAUGGAGAGAAGUGGAAUUUUCUGAAAGUCCAACCUUGGCAGCUUCGUUUAUUUCUGAAAAACCUCCAUUUCAACAAUAGUGCAGGGGAAGAAAUAGUUUUCAAUGAGAAUGGAAACCUGGCAGCAGCAUACGAUAUCAUCAACUUGAUUACUUUCCCCAAUCGAUCCUUUCAGAAGGUCCAAGUUGGAGGUGUUGAACCUCAGAGUUCUCAAAAGGAAGGCCUCACCAUAAAUGCAACUACCAUUGGAUGGAAUCCCAAAUUUAAGCAGACUCCACCUGCUGCCACCUGUGUGGAAAGCUGCCAUCCUGGGUACCGGAAAUUGAUUAAGGAGGGAAAACAGGUUUGCUGCUAUGACUGUGUUGAGUGUUCAGAGGGAAGCAUUUCCACCAUGAUUGAUUCCAACCAAUGUGAGAGGUGUCCGGAAAAACAAUAUCCAAAUGAGAAACACCAUCAAUGUAUUCCCAAAAUUAUCAUCUACUUAUCCUACAAAGAAGUCCUGGGAGAAGUCCUGACUGGCUUUGCUGUUUCUUUUGCUGUCAUCACAGUUGUGGUGAUGGGGACAUUCAUCUUCCACCAGAACACUCCCAUCGUCAAAGCCAACAAUUGGGAUAUCACCUGCACCCUGCUCGUCUCGCUCCUGCUGUGUUUUCUUUGCUCCUUUCUCUUCCUCGGGUGUCCAGGGACAGUCACAUGUCUCCUCCGACAAGCAGUUUUUGGAGUUGUCUUCUCCAUUGCGGUGUCUUGUGUGUUAGCCAAAACCAUCACGGUGGUUCUGGCCUUCAUGGCCACAAAGCCAGGGAACCGAAUGAGGUUGUGGGUGGGGAAAAGGCUGUCCGUCUCAGUCAUUGUUUUUUGCUCCCUUAUUCAAACAAGCAUCUGUGCUGUGUGGUUGACCAUUUCUCCUCCUUUCCCAGACUUGGACAUGCAUUCCCAGGUGGAUGAGAUCUUAGUGCAAUGCAAUGAAGGCUCGGAGAUUAUGUUUUAUGUUGUGCUGGGCUACAUGUGGCUUCUGGCCCUCAUCAGCUUCACGGUGGCCUUCUUUGCCCGGAAGUUGCCCGACACUUUCAAUGAAGCCAAACUCAUCACCUUCAGCAUGCUGGUCUUCUGCAGUGUUUGGGUGUCCUUUGUGCCCACCUACUUGAGCACCAAGGGGAAAUCCAUGGUGGCUGUGGAAGUCUUCUCUAUCUUGGCCUCAAGUGGUGGCUUAUUAGGCUGCAUUUUCCUGCCCAAGUGCUACAUCAUCAUACUGAGACCAGAGCUGAAUACAAGAGAGCAGCUAGUUAGGAAAAAGACUGAUGUGAUAUCAAGGGCAGCAUGAAUGAUACCUGAAUUUAUAUGAUUUGGAUGAAAAUGUUCUGCAUUCUGAAUUUUAUUCAGAAAUAAUUGUCUUCUUAAUUUUUUUAAUUGCAAUAGAAUUUAGAUUUGUUAAGUGUGUGAAUUGCAAUAGAAUUUAGACUUGUUAAGUGGGUGAGAGUGACCAAGGUUCUCCAAACUGUCCUGACCAAUGUAAUUUUGUUGAUUGUAAAGGAAUGUUAAGUUAACCUUGAUGAAGGAAUCGACGUCCUGGGAAAGUAGAAAGUGAGGGGAAAAAACUCAGAGUAACUCCAUCUUGAUUCUGUUUAAUUCAGAAAGGGUCAAAGAAGUUCAGGCAGGCUUUCAAGAUAGCCUACAACAACAAUGGGGCACCAUUGGAAUAAGACAAAAAAUGAAUAUGAUUGAAUACAGACAACAGCCCAUAUAGGGGAUUAUACUGUGGAUCGUAAUGGCAGCAAAAUGUCAUUAUAUCUCUGCUGUCGUUGUUUCUGGAGAUAGCUAUUCAAGUAAGAGAAAUCCUUCAUGGCUUCAGACCAGGUUAUUUGAAGAACCACCUUGUCCCAAGGACAUCUACCUGACCCACCAGAGCACAGAGGAAGGGAGUGUUAAAGAACUCCUCUGCUAAGAAGGAACUGACAUGUUCUGAGUAACGAACCCAAUCAAAUCAGGACUCUGAGGCUUCAGUCAGGCUCAAAAGACCUUUUAUUGAGUAUAUCAUAUUGGCAUGUAGAACGGUGAAGCUAGCUCUAAGUAAUUCCUGGCUUUAGGGUUGUUAAAAGGAUAGAAACUUCCCACCCACCUCGGGUGUCCCAGGUCACGUUAGCCAAUCAGUCCAGUGGCAGCUUUCCCCUCGGUCUCAGCACAUGUUCGUUGCCAUGACCUUGGUUCUCAUGCUGAGCCUGGUCGAUGUUUUGUCUAGCAGGUUAAAGCACCACCUUCUGACACAUCCCCUUCCCCCAAGAGUGGCAAAUGAGAAACAAAACAAAAGAAAGCGCAGAGUCAGCCAAAGUCAUUUCCAGAGUUGACAAGUACAUCUGAUAGGACACAUAGGAAGAAGGAUCUUCUCUAUGGUGGCUUCCUCGCUUUGGAAUAUGAUCCCCACAGAGAGUAAAUUGCCCCUCAUACUGACAUUCAUUUACAAGGUCCUGAACACCAGGUUUGCCAAGGGGCAUGGGGAACCCAAAGUGAGAUGGAGCCUAUCAAGUGGUUUAUCUGAUUGAUUAUAAUCACCAGGAUGGUAGAGUCUAUUGUUUUUAUUGUUUAUAUAUUGGGAUAUGGCGGGCAGCCAUAAAAAUGUACUACAAACAUAGCUAUCCAGAUAAUAUCAGUGUCCUGACUGAAGGCCCAUUCAUGAGGAGGAACAGAAUCAGAUUACAUCAGCUGAGGAGUUGCAGUUUGAGAUCCUCCUAGACCAGUAGUGGGAUUCAAAUCCCAGCACUACUGGUUCACUAUUGGGAACGUGCGGGUGCGCAAACUUUCUUUGCAGGCACGCAGUGCUUCUGUGGCCCAACCGGUAGCAACCCACUCCUGUCCAAACCAUAGCUACUGUUUGAUGAUCAGUUGAUAACUGGCCAGGAGUCCUUUGUUGAGGUCCCUUAUUUGCCAAUUGAGUCAUUCCUAGAAUGGGAGGUCCCCUCAGGUAGUCACAUACUCUAGUCACUUCAUUUCUCCCCCCCAACUUUUUUUUAAAUUAAGAUUUAUUAUAAAUCCAUAUAACACAUGAAAAUAAAGAUGAGAACAAAGAGAAAAAAGGAUUAUAGGGAAAAAGAAAAGGGAAAAAAGCUGUGAUCUAACUCUUGUUAGUACAGUACAAUAGAAUAACAAAUGCAUCACCACCAGAUGGAUUAGUAACUGGCUCAACAAUCGCAUUCAACAUGUAGUCCUUAAAUAAACUGCAUCCGCAUGGAGGGAAAUAUGCAGUGGACUACUUCAGGGCUCUGCCUUAGGCCCAGUACUCUACAAUAUUUUCAUAAACAAUUUUGAUGGGGGAAUAGAAGGGGAAUUCAUCAAAUUUGCAGAUGAUACCAACCUGGUGGAAAUAGACAAUAUUCUAGAAUAUGGGUCCUCAAACUAGAGCCUGCAGGCCACAUGCGGCCCGCUAAAGCAAUUAAUCCGGCCCGCGGAGAGCCACGAGGUUGCCCCAUCCACCCUUAAGCAGAGCUCAGAAUGUUCCUUCAGGAGCCCUGCAGGCUGGAACCAAAAGCCUGCAGAAUGCUUACAGAGGUGGAGGGGGGUGGGUGAAAGGAGGUCAAAAAACAGGCAAAAAUGGUCAAUUUUUUUGCCAAAAAACAAGCCGCUUUUACCUGGUUUUAGCCUGCAGAAUGCUUGGGGGGGAGGCAAAAAACAGACAAAAACAGCCCAUUUCUUACGUUCCCUGCCUCCAGAAGAUAGAUAGAGAUAGACACAGAGAGAGAGAGACCGACAGAAAAAGAGAGAGAGAGAGGAAGAGAGAGAGAAACAGAGGGACAGAGGGACAGAAAGAGAGAGAGGGAGGGAGGGAGGGAGGAAGAGAAGGAAAGAGAGAGGGAAAGA